AGUAGACUGACUUGUGUCAGAGUUGUCCUGUUUACAUCGCCGCGUGCAGGUUCGUUGAGUAAAUGAGUGGAAACAAACACUUCUGUCUGUAUUAAUCCUUGAUAAUAAUUCCAUAUUUCCGUAGAAGCACGGUGACAGGAAUAAGUGAAAACUCUGCAGUGUCUGGAUGAAGUGAUCAUGAAGCAGGACAGAGAUGCUGUGAACGUCCCUGCAUGCUUCAUAUCAAACCAUGAAGGUUUUCUCGGAAGCAUCAAAAAUUUAAUCACAGACUUUGUGGUGACUGAGAUAGACAUGAAUGGAGAGCGUGUUACAGCUGCAGUGGCCACACAGUCACCAGCCUGUGCCUCCACAGAUGCAAACAAUGAAACCAGUCCAGAAUAUAAGGAGAACACUCGUUACUCACAGGACGCUGAUGAUUCAGCAGAUUGUGGAGCAGAUGCCACCAUACCAAGUCCAGGAAAUUUUGAUUUAAGUGUGAUUUUAGGCCAAACAGUCAGCGAAGAGCUGGAGCAGUUUGUGUUGACUCUCAAAGAUGAAAAGCCAGCCAAGCAGGAGCUCUCACUGGGAUACUUCACCGACAAACACCACAGAGCUAACGUCCACCGAGCUGUCAGGCACCGCUUCCCUUUCCUCAUGACUGUCACUGUUCAGCCUGAGAUCAGGGUGAGGGAAGACCCAGACUACAGAGAGCUCUCCAAGCUGGUUACAGAGGAUGAAGCAGAGGACUUCUUCAGGUUCAUAGAUGCCAAAGUACGAGGCUCCUCCUACACAUUUGGACCUGAUGACAGCAAAGAGCACAGGACAGCAGUCCACCACUUCAUGAGCCGAAGGUUUGGCAAACUGGUGGAGACUAAAAGCUUCAGCGACCAGGGGAUGACAGCAAUCUCUGUUAGGCUGAGAGAGCAUGGGAGGCCAAAGAAAAGAACCACAGAGGAACGCAAGGAAGAAGAAGUUUACACUGCCUUUACUCUGUGCAAGGAGAACCUGGAAACUCUGGAGGCCAUCAGCUACAUGGCAACUGCUCUCGGUGUCCUGCCGUCAGAUUUUACCUACGCUGGCAUCAAGGAUAAGAGAGCCAUCACUUACCAGUCCAUGGUGGUUAGAAAAGUCUCAGCUCAACGGUUAGAAGAGAAGACAGCAGAGUUCAAGAAGAGAGGGAUGCAUCUGUCCCAGAUCCGCUCCGUCAGCGAGCCUCUCAGGCUCGGACAGCUGCAGGGGAACCACUUCGACCUGGUCGUCCGCGACCUGAGACCACAUGGGGCCAGUGACGCACACUCCUCUGGUGCAAACACACACACUCGUCUGGCAGCGUUGGUAAAGCAAGCGGUGGAGAAUGUCAAGGCCAGAGGUUUUGUCAACUACUAUGGACCACAGAGGUUUGGGAGCGGGCAGAGCAUUCAGUCUGACCGUGUAGGGCUGGCUUUACUCAAAGAAGACAUGGUGGGUGCUGUGCGUCUCUUCUUCACUCCAGAGGAAGGCGAUGAUCCUCAGAGCCAUGCAAAGAGACAUUUCCUCCAAACAGAUAACGCUAAGGAGUCUUUGGCGCUGAUGCCGUUGUCGAAGGUCAGGGAGCGACUGAUGCUCCGGGCCCUGAACCGCUAUGGUACAGGUCCAGACGGAUGUGCCCAAGCUUGGCUCAGCCUUCCCCACAGCAUGAGGGUCUUCUACCCACACGCCUACUGCAGCAGAGUGUGGAACGAGGCAGUGGCCCACAGGCUGACGACUCUGGGCCACAGCGCCAGGCGAGGAGACCUGGUGUGGAGGCAAGAGGGGCAAGAAAAACUGGAGGAUCUUGGAGAAAGCAGCUCACCUCAGAUCCAUGUGGUGACGGACCAAGAGGAACAAGAGGGAGUGUACACCCUGGGACAAGUGUUGCUACCAAUGCCGGGAAACACCGUGAAGUAUCCAGAAAAUGCCAUGGGGGCUUGGUUCCAGGAGAGACUGGCUAGAGACGGACUGGAUGAGUGUCGUUUCAGAGUCAGCAGCCUGAAGCUAAAUCUGCCCGGCUGCUACCGCCCCCUGCUGGCAUUUCCACACAACCUUCACUACCAGCUGCUGAGAGCAGGCUGUGGGGAGGGAGGAGGAAGAGGAGAGGUGACAGGAGGCAGCAGCAGAGAAAGUGACUGGCAGCUGAGCAGGACAACACUAGAAGGGAAGCAGGAGUCACUCGCUCUCACCUUAAACUUCGACCUGGACUCUGCCUGCUAUGCUACUAUUUGCCUCAGAGAGAUCAUGAAGUGUGACCCCUAGAGGUCAGCAGACAUUGUUCUUAUUGUAUUUCUACAUCACUGUUUGGUAGCCCUUUUGUUUGUUGUGUAAGUGUAAGACUAUAAAAAAAAUGAUGUGCAAGUAAUAAAACAAAUGUGAACAAAUGUAAAUGUAAAACCAUGUACAUGUACAACAGUAUUUGUGUUUUGUGCCUUGAUUAAAGAAGAUAAAAAUUACA